AUAUAAUCCUGGUGCGUCCGUUCGCCCUCUCGUUCGUCCUCAGUGCAGGAUAACGAAACACGCGCUCACCGCAUAAACCAAAACAGGCCACAGACUACAAAAUACUAUUUACCGACAGUGUGACAGUCUAAGUGCGAGAAAAGCAGUGAUCCCAGACAACAGUGAGAAUUUCUGGACAAUCAGCCAUGGACGCCAUCAUUCGCUGCCCGUUCCUGUCUCGUGUCCCCCAAACCUUUCUGCAGCAGGCUAGAAAGUCCUUGGUGGCAUACGCAGUGAAGUGUCCCGUCAUGAUGGACCUUGCAUCGAGGCCACUGGUGCGUUCGCUCUGCUCCACGUCCUCCAGCUUCCAGAAGGUUGAGAACACUACUCCACCCGGCGAGGAAGUGAAAGAGAUGCCCAAACUGCCUGUGGGUCACCCCGUGCCACCCGCGGGUCAAGCUGCUGCCUCCAAAUGCCCGUUCCUGGCAGCUGAGAUGGGGCAGAAGAACAGCAGUGUGGUGCGGCAGGCCAGCAUGGCUCUUCAGGAGGACGUUUCUGAAGUUCGCACCGUGCGCAAAGACGUCGCUCAAUCUGAGCUGAAUCCUUUGGUGAAAGACACCAAGAUUGGUGGAAACCUGAUGAAGAAGCUGAUGAAACAGCGUCCCACUAGGGUCUCUCAUCUGCUGCAGGAGAACAUGCCCAAAACUGUGUCCAACUUUCGUUAUGAUGAGUUCUUCGAGAAGAAGAUCGAGGAGAAGAAGGACGAUCACACGUACCGUGUGUUUAAAACGGUGAACCGUAGAGCUACGGAGUUCCCGAUGGCGGACGAUUACACUGCAUCCCUGGCCUUCAAAAGAAACGUUUCUGUGUGGUGCAGCAACGAUUAUCUCGGCAUGAGCCGCCACCCACGGGUGGUGCAGACCAUAAUGGACACUUUAGGGAAACAUGGUUCAGGAGCUGGUGGGACUCGAAAUAUAUCGGGGACGAGUAAGUUUCACGUGGAUUUGGAGCACGAGCUGGCUGAUCUUCAUGGGAAGGACGCUGCCUUGCUCUUCACCUCGUGUUUCGUGGCCAAUGACUCCACGCUCUUCACGCUGGCUAAGAUGCUGCCUGGUUGUGAGAUCUAUUCAGAUGCGGGCAAUCAUGCCUCAAUGAUUCAGGGCAUCAGGAACAGCGGCGCCAAGAAGUUUAUCUUCCGUCACAAUGACGCUAAGCAUUUGCGUGAAUUGCUGGAGAAAUCUGAUCCCUCCACUCCCAAGAUCGUGGCCUUUGAGACAGUGCACUCCAUGGACGGUGCUGUGUGUCCGCUGGAGGAGAUGUGCGAUGUGGCCCAUGAGUUUGGUGCCAUCACGUUUGUGGAUGAGGUGCAUGCAGUGGGGCUGUAUGGACCCCGAGGAGGCGGCAUUGGAGAUCGCGAUGGAGUCAUGCACAAGAUGGACAUAAUUUCUGGCACUCUGGGUAAAGCAUUCGGCUGUGUUGGUGGUUACAUCGCAAGCACUAACGCUCUGGUGGACACGGUCCGUUCGUACGCCGCCGGCUUCAUCUUCACCACGUCUCUGCCGCCCAUGCUGCUGGCUGGCGCCCGCGAGUCCAUUCAGAUCUUGAAGAGCGAGGAAGGCCGCGCGCUUCGCCGCAAACACCAGCGCAACGUCAAGCUGCUGCGGCAGAUGUUGAUGGACACGGGCCUGCCGGUGGUUCACUGUCCCAGCCACAUCAUUCCCGUCAGAGUGGCAGAUGCUGAGAAAAACACGCAGGUGUGUGACAUCAUGAUGAGCCGCUACAACAUCUACGUCCAGGCCAUUAACUACCCAACGGUGGCGCGUGGAGAGGAGCUGCUGCGCAUCGCACCCACGCCUCAUCAUACGCCGCAGAUGAUGAGCUACUUUGUCGAUAAGCUGACGCAGGCGUGGAAGGAGGUCGGUCUGGAGCUGAAGCCGCACUCGUCUGCCAAGUGUAACUUUUGCCGUCAGCCUCUGCACUUCGAAGUGAUGAGCGAGAGGGAGAAAUCCUACUUCAGCGGCCUCAGCCAGCCCAUAUCGGCCUGCGGCUGAUUCAUUCCUCUCUAACAUAAAUUAUCCAGAUCGCUAUUCCAUGUACAUCAAAUACAGAAAAUAAAUAUUUAGACCACUUGA